AUGCUCACCCCAAACUGCUCCCUUGAGACUGUCUCCAGUGUUGUGUCCAACAUGUCCAUUGGGUGCCCUCACUCCUCUCUGCUCUGUGGGAUAAACAUGUCUCUUUUGGUUAAUGUUAGCUCUGUGGAUCUGGACGAGCUGUGUUUGAGCGAGGAUGAGUACCUAGCACUUCACCUGGGACCUCUCCGAUCACCCAUCUUUGCUCCGGUCUGCGUCACCUACCUGAGCAUUUUCCUCGUGGGGGUCUUGGGUAACUCUUUGACUUGUGCUGUAAUUUUGCGUUACAAAGCCAUGCAGACACCCACAAACUUGUACCUGUUAAGCCUGGCCCUAUCAGACUUACUCGUACUCCUCCUGGGUAUGCCUCUGGAGUUGUGGGAGAUGUGGCGGAGCUAUCCAUUCCCAUUAGGAGAGGGCGGUUGUUACUUCAAGACCUUUCUAUUUGAGACAGUUUGCUUUGCAUCUGUGCUUAACGUCACCGCCUUAAGUGUGGAGAGGUACAUAGCGGUGGUGCAUCCUUUAAAAGUGAAGAGCCUCUCCACCCGCGCCCAUGUCAAGAGGGUGAUUGUGAUGCUUUGGGUGAUGGCGAUGAUCUGCGCCGUGCCCAACACAAGUCUACACGGGAUCCUCCUUCUACCCCCCAAGUUUGGACGGCCCUUCCCACAGCUCAGGCUAUGUGCUGUGAACCUUGUGAAGCCCACCUGGAUGUACAAAUUGACCAUCCUCAUCUCGUCUCUGGCCUUCUUCGUGCUCCCAGUGCUGGUCAUGGGAGCGCUGUACUUCCUGAUUGGCCUCACACUGUACAGGGAGAGGGGCAUGAAAGCCCUCUCAGCCAUGUUUGGAGUGGACAGUGUGUCAGAGGAUCACAUGCAGAGGCUGAGCAGACGCAACCUGCAAGUGACAAAAAUGCUCUGUGUCCUCGUGGUGGUUUUCAGUCUGUGCUGGGCCCCCUUUCACGUGGACCGCCUCAUGUGGAGCUUCCUCGACACCUCGUCCCAACUGCACCUUAUGAUAUUUGAACCAGUGCACAUAGUCUCGGGCGUCUUCUUCUACCUGAGCUCUGCAGUCAACCCCGUCCUCUAUAGCCUCAUGUCCACGCGCUUCAGGGAGAUGUUUAGUCACCUGACCUGUCCACACUACAACUGGCUCAACCACUCCAGCCUGCGCCUCACCCAGCGCAGCACACUCAGCCAUAAGGCACCCAGCAACACCAAGGAACUGUCAUAG